AGAGCACAACUUCUUGGAUCAAGAGUCGUGCGACUUUGGCAUGUGCUGCCGAAACCCACGUUUCACCAGAUGAAGGCGUCACCGAGCCGUCAUGGUUACCAAAAGGUGCCACAGCACGACCCUCACAUCAGUGAAGUAGAGACGGAUUGCGACUCCCUAUGGCACACAGAGCGGUUCAACAUGAGCCCUGAGAAUGGAAUAAGUGUAGACUUGUUGAAAAUCGAGAAGGACGAUGAGGAUGAUGAUCUCAUCUCAGCUGUGGACAAGAAAUCCAUGUUUUACUUUGUGGAAUCCUGGUGGUUUCACUUGCUGGCCGCCCUUGUGAUUUGCUGCAACACGGUGAGUAUUGUUUUGGAAGCUGACUCAAAGCUGUCAGAAAAACUCCUGGCAAAACUGUUUUGGGUGGAUCAAUGCUCCUUGAUCUUCUAUGUCUUGGAGCUCUUCUGUAGGGCAUGCUUUUGGAAGAAGCGCCUCCUUUGUGGGACCCGUUCGCUGGCCAUGUGGAGUCUCAUUGACAUUAUUGUGGUUGGAGCUGGGGUCCUUGAUCAAUGGCUUUUCCGAUACUUGGCUCCCUAUCUGCCCAUGAGCGCUGAGAGUGCUCAGAACAUUCUGGGGAUCAUCCGCUUGAUGAGGCUUGUGCGGGUCAUCAAGCUCCUAGCUUUGAUGUUAGACUGGGACUUGUCCUGGACUGAAGGGGCAGGCUUCCAGUCCUUCAUUGGGGGUGUCAUUGCUGUGAACGCUUUGCUGAUGGGCUGUGAGACUGACAUCGACUGGGGAGGGUGGUUGGUCUUCGAGAAUUUCUUGCUGUGUAUCUAUGUCUUUGAACUGGUGGUCCGUUUGAAGCGCUUGGGUCGUGAGUUCUUCUCCUGCGACAGCCCAGACAUUGUUUGGAACCUUUUGGAUUUGGCCAUCGUCGUGAGCUCUGCAGGCGACUCGUGGCUGGUGCCGCUCAUCAAUGUCGUGCGGAAAUCCUUUCAAGGAUCUUCUUCGUCAGACCAUGCGACCAGCACCAAGGCUCAUGGCGUGAACGUGGGGCAACUGAUGAUGCUAAUGCGACUCUUGCGCUUGUUGCGGAUCUUGCGCUUGGCGAAGCUGGUGAAAUCCGUGAGGCCUUUAUACAUCCUGGUGGUUAGCGUCACAGCAGCUGUGCAGGGCGUGGUUUGGGUCUUGGUGCUGACAGUGGUGACCUUGUACGCCAUGGGAAUCCUCACCACUCGACUCAUCGGCCACAAGAUGAUCUUCAACGCCGACCAGGACGUGGACGAAGCACUCAUCUCGCCUUUCAAGACCGUCCCUGAUUCCAUGUUCACAUUGUUUCGGGUGAUGAGUGGGGCGCAAUCGGAUGAAGAAUCAGAAGCAUUAGAUCGGAUUAUGAGCAACAUCCCUACCUUCAAAUUUGCCUUUGUUUUCUUCAUGGUGACCAGUUCCUGGACUCUGCUGUCGAUUUUGACCGCGGUGGUGAGUGAGAAUAUGAUCUCCACGACGGCCGUUCAAGAGACGGAAAUCCAACUCAUGUCGGAAGAAGAGGACCGAAAGGGGCACAUUGAAGACCUCAAGGAACUCUUUCAAGAGAUCAAUACCACCGGGGAUGGCAUCGUGAGGGAGCGGGAUUUAGUACGCUUCUUGCAGAACACCUCCAACGCGCAACAAACGGCCAAGAUGUGCCGAGUGCCGGUGCGACAUGUGCAAGAAGUCAUGAAGACUUUGGCCAUCAACUCCGAUGUGAUUCGGAUGGAAGAGUUUGUAGAGUGCUUGUUGGAUGUGGGGAAUCCAGUGACGGAGAAAUCCACCAUGAGGCUUGAGGCACUGCAUUUGGAGACACGAAGCCACAGCGUGAGGCACUCACAGGUCCUAGAGGAAAACCUGGAGACGAUGAAACAGGUGGUCGAGGAUCUCCACUUUGAACGCCAAGAUCAGAUCAAUCAAUUGGAGAAAACCCUUGCGAUGCAAGGACAGGUGAUUGGAAGACUGCAAAGCUCAGUCGAAGGACUUCAUCAGAAGGUAGACCAUUUCUUUCAGUUGCUGGCACCCCGGCAGGAAAGCAGAUGAGGCACCAAUUUUCAGCUUUAGUGCUAAAGAGGUCUCCUCUUUCACAACGAGGCACCGCCGAAGCAGUGGUUCCUUGCGCAGAGCAGAGGACUGCACGGGAAAAGCCUGUGCCGCCGAACCUGGCGAGAGAAUGAGUCGAUGUCAUGAAGUGCGCCCGAGAAGCAAAAAGAUCAAAAAGAACCAAAUCACAGACAAAC